CUCCUGUCAGCUGACGCGAGAGGGUUUGAAGCGACGCCGGGAGGGAGCGAGGCCGCAGUGACCGCGGCGCGCGCUCGGACCCGCCCGCGCCCGGCGCUCACCGUGCGGCCAUGGCCACCUCGGCGGGCCGGCGCGGCUCAGAAACCGAGAGACUGCUGACCCCCAAUCCUGGGUAUGGGACCCAGGUGGGGACUUCACCAGUCCCAACAACACCCCCAGAAGAGGAAGACCUCCGCCGCCGCCUCAAGUACUUCUUUAUGAGUCCCUGUGACAAGUUCCGAGCCAAAGGCCGUAAGCCCUGCAAGCUGAUGCUGCAGGUGGUCAAGAUCUUGGUGGUCACUGUGCAGCUCAUUCUCUUUGGACUCAGCAAUCAGCUGGUGGUGACAUUCCGGGAAGAGAACACCAUUGCCUUCCGACAUCUCUUCCUGCUGGGCUACUCUGAUGGCGCUGAUGACACCUUUGCUGCCUACACACGGGAACAGCUCUACCAAGCCAUCUUCUAUGCUGUGGACCAGUACCUGAUCCUGCCUGACAUAUCCCUGGGCCGGUAUGCCUACGUCCGUGGUGGGGGUGGUCCUUGGGCCAAUGGCUCUGCUCUGGCUCUCUGCCAGCGGUACUACCACCGUGGCCAUGUGGACCCAGCCAAUGAUACCUUUGACAUUGACCCAAGGGUAGUCACUGACUGUAUCCAGGUGGAUCCUCCUGACAGACCCCCCGACAUCCCCAGUGAGGACUUGGAGCUCUUGGAUAGCAGCACCAGUUACAAGAACCUCACACUGAAAUUCCACAAGCUGAUCAACGUCACCAUCCACUUCCAGCUGAAAACGAUUAACCUGCAGAGCCUCAUCAACAAUGAGAUCCCAGACUGCUACACCUUCAGUGUCCUGAUCACGUUUGACAAUAAAGCACACAGUGGACGAAUCCCUAUCCGCCUGGAGACCCAGACCCACAUCCAGGAGUGUAAACAUCCCAGUGUCUCCAGACAUGGAGACAACAGCUUCCGGCUUCUAUUUGAUGUGGUGGUCAUCCUCACCUGCUCCCUGUCUUUCUUGCUGUGUGCCCGCUCACUGCUACGUGGCUUCCUACUGCAGAACGAGUUUGUUGCAUUCAUGUGGCGGCGACGGGGUCGGGAAAUUAGUCUGUGGGAACGGCUCGAGUUCGUCAAUGGCUGGUACAUCCUAUUGGUUACCAGUGACGUGCUUACCAUCUCGGGCACUGUCAUGAAGAUUGGCAUUGAGGCAAAGAACCUAGCUAGCUAUGAUGUCUGCAGCAUCCUCUUGGGUACCUCCACGCUGCUCGUCUGGGUUGGUGUCAUCCGCUACCUGACUUUUUUCCACAAGUACAACACACACGCGUCUUUGUACCCGGGCAGGACCACGGGAGCCUGUCCCUACCUGCCCAUCCAGCUGAGUCCAGCUGUGAUCCUGAUUGCCACGCUGCGUGUGGCACUGCCCAGUGUCAUGCGUUUCUGCUGCUGUGUGGCUGUCAUCUACCUGGGCUAUUGCUUCUGUGGCUGGAUUGUCCUGGGACCCUACCAUGUGAAGUUCCGCUCGCUGUCGAUGGUGUCCGAGUGUCUGUUUUCGCUCAUCAACGGGGACGACAUGUUUGUGACAUUCGCGGCCAUGCAGGCCCAGCAGGGUCGCAGUAGCCUGGUGUGGCUCUUCUCCCAGCUCUACCUCUACUCCUUCAUCAGCCUCUUCAUCUACAUGGUGCUGAGUCUCUUCAUUGCGCUAAUCACGGGCGCCUAUGACACCAUCAAGCACCCGGGAGGUACUGGCACAGAGAAGAGUGAGCUCCAGGCUUACAUCGAACAGUGCCAAGAUAGUCCCACAUCUGGCAAGUUCCGUCGCGGAAGUGGCUCGGCUUGCAGCCUGCUCUGCUGCUGUGGAAGGGACUCCCCGGAGGACCAUUCGCUGCUGGUGAACUGAUUCCAGGAUCAUCGCCAUAGACUUUAUCCCCUGUACUGCUGGAACCCCAGCUUAUUUAUUUUUCGAAUUUGCUUUUAAAGAUCUGCUUUUGACAGGCCUUGUGGACUUGUCGAAUCGGACACUGGGAAAGGGAGGGCAUGAAGGGUUGCUGUUAAAUAAAAGGGAACAUAAA